AUGCUGGUUUUAUUAAUCGGAGACCUUCAUCUUCCACACCGUGCAGCUAGUUUAUCACCAAAGUUUCGCAAACUUUUGGUGCCAAACAAAAUGCAGCAUGUUUUGUGUACUGGAAAUUUAUGUACUCGGGAGACUUUCGAGUAUUUGAGGUUUGUAAUUUUGAAACGGGGAAAUCAAGUUUGCUCUAUCGCACACCUAAUUUAUUUGUCUAAAAAUUUCGCAGAAGAUUUAUCUGAAAAAAAUUGAUUCCUGAUCGAAAAAUAUGAGAAUUUAAAUAAAUCAAUUUUAAGAAUAAGAAAAAAGUUUUUCCGAACAUUUCAGAAAAAUAAAUUAUGUGUGCAAUAGAGCAAACUUGGUUGUCUAUGUGUUUUAGGAGUUGGAAUUUUUAUAUUCAAAAAGUUGGCUCAAAAAACCACCCCAAAGUUUUUUCUCAAAAAUUUUAUUUUCCAGAAGUUUAUCCUCAGAUGUUCAUGUUGUCCGUGGAGAUUUCGAUGACGACGACGGAGCCAAAUAUCCAGAUACAAAGGUAUGAAAAAUCUAUUUCAAAAAUUCAAUUUUUUGAAUUCAGGUUAUCACCGUUGGUCAAUUCAGAAUUGGCUUAUGUCAUGGACAUCAAAUCAUUCCUUGGGGAGAUUCUCGGGUAAGAAUGUGAAUUCGAUAAGGAUUUUUAUUAUUGAAAUGUUUUUAGAUGUUGGAACUACUUGCUAGACAACUUGAUGUUGAUGUUCUUGUGACUGGAAAUACGUUUGAAUGCACAGCUGUUGAGGUAUUUUUAAUGUAAAAAAUCAGCAUGAUAACUGUUUUUUUUCCCAGAAAAAUGGUCGAUUCUAUGUUGAUCCAGGAAGUGCAACUGGAGCAUUUUCAGUUAUCAAAAAUAGGUUAGUUCAAUUUUUCCAUCAAAAAGAAAUCAUCUAAUUUUUUGCAGCCCUCCAACAGCUUCUUUCGCUCUUCUCGAUGUUCAAUCAGAUAGCAUUGUAUCAUAUCUUUAUCGCUUAAUCGAUGACAAUGUCAAAGUCGAUCGUGUUGUGUACAAAAAACCGAAAAAUUAA